AUGCCUAAGAAUAAGGGAAAGGGAGGCAAAAACCGGCGUCGCGGCAAGAACGAAAAUGACAACGAAAAGCGCGAACUGACCUUCAAAGAAGAAGGACAAGAAUACGCCCAGGUCCUCAAAAUGCUGGGCAACGGUCGCCUCGAGGCCCUUUGUUUCGACGGCGAAAAACGUCUGGCCCAUAUCCGCGGCAAGUUACGCAAGAAGGUCUGGAUCAACCAGGGAGACAUCAUCCUCUUGAGCUUGCGGGACUAUCAAGACGAGAAGGGGGAUGUCAUUUUGAAGUACAGUGCGGACGAGGCACGGUCUCUGAAGGCAUACGGUGAACUCCCCGAGAGCGCAAAGAUCAACGAGACGGAUACCUACGGUCACGAGGGCGUGGACGAUAACGUGGAGUUCGACGAGGACCGGGACAGUGACUCCGAGAAGGAGGUUGAUAUUGACGACAUUUAA